GCCUUAGUUUGCUGCUCCAAUUUCUAACCCCUCUCUCUCUCUCUCUCUCUCUUCCGCCAUUGUUAAAGGAAUAUGAGCUCGAGCCCUCUCCUCCUCAAAACCCUCUUCUCUUCCCUGUGAAAUUCUCUCGGCCUUUCCUUUCUGGAUCGGAUUCCACUCAAUUGUCCGCCAUUGCAGAGACGAGCGAUAAAACCCUAAUUUCUCAAAUCUGCUCAUCUCUGCCAUUUUCUUCAAGGAUUCGCUCAAGAUCCAUUGUUAUUAUUUGGAGCCACUGUUCUCCUGAAAAGACCCCAAAGUCCAAGAAAGUAAUAAUCCUUUAAGUCCUUGUUCAUGUCCUUCAUAAUUUGGAUUAAAAACCAAGUUUUAUAGUGCAGAAGAGGAAGCAAAACAACCUGAAAAUCAUAGAAACUAGAAGACUUCAUCUCCCAUUUCUUCCCAGAUUCGAAAUUCAAGUUUUGCAGGAGAGAAGGGAUAAAAAGGAUCCAAAAACCACUGAAACCUGCAAGAUCCGAUCUCCGAUUCUCUCCCACUUACAAACCAACUAGAUUGGAAAUCUCCACAAAAGAAAAGAGAAAAAUAAAAAUGCAUAUGAUCUCUGGUCAAGGAAUGGGGGUUUAGGAAACAAAGCAUUUUUUCCUCAAACUUGGCCAUUAGUGGUUACCAUUCACAAUUAUUGGUCACCAUGGCCUGUUUAGCCCUUUCUAUUCAACCCGUUAAUGGCCCCGAUAUCCUCUUGCAAACACGAGAAUGGUUCCCUCCUGCAAGAGCUCUGAUUGCCCUAGCUUCAUUCAGACAAACCCGACUCGCUUUCUCUUCUGGAAAAAUGGCGGCACCUUCUGAUGAACAAGAUGCAGGCAUAGGAGAUGACCCACUUGCUGCUUCAAGUGGUCAAGUUAUAGUAGGAAAAGAGAGCAAAUACCGAGUAGUUUAUAGACUUGUUAAUGGAGUCUAUGUCCUUGGUAUAACGACUCCUGACCGAGAUGACUCUAUGAACAAUAUCUUUGAAUGCAUAGGCAUAGUUAACCAGGCGGUUAGUGUUGUAGUAGCAGCUUGUAGAGGUGUUGAUGUGACCCCAGAUAAACUCCAUCGAAAAUACUCAGAGAUUUACAUGGCUUUGGAUAUAGUUUUGAGGGGGGUUACCAGUAUUCGAUUCGCGAGCAUAUUGAGCUCAAUGCAUGGAGAAAGUAUAGCUAAAAUGGUGCACUCUGGGCUAGAUUUAGAGAAAUCAUCGAGAGGGGCAGAUAGUUGGGCUCAAUACGAGGGCUAUUACAAUGAGCGCCAAGCUAGUGUAGAGAUUUUCACAAACACCAGUUUUGAAUUGCCUUCUGAAACUUUAGCAGCUGGUAAUGAGGUAGCCAUCACUCUUGCUCCAGCUCCUCAGAGCUCAAAUUCAACAACUCAAGAGCCACAAAAAGAAGCUGAAACUCAAGCUGAACAAGACCCAUUUGCAGCUAGUGAUGCCGUAGCCAAAACCAAUGAAUUAGCAGGUGGAUUUAAGAAAGAUAAAGAGGGGGUAUCAGAUGUUACGAAAGCUCUUGCUGGGCUCGAGAUCACAACCCUUCCUCCAGCUAGUGCAGCCAAACCUACUUUUAUUGGGGUCGAGGGUUUUGAAGGUGAAUAUGGUGGGAUUGAAUUUGGUAAUGAAGAGGCCACAAUAUCUGAAGCUUUCGAAGGUUUUGAUGAUGCUUUUGGUGGGGGCUUGGAUGCCUCAGAAUUUAUUACCACCACCAAGAAAGCCAAGCCUCUUGAGCUAGGGCUGGGUGGGCUCGAAGAGCUACAAUCAGGUACCAAGACCAGUACUAUAAGCUCCACUGAUAAAUCUACUCCUAUUGAGAGCCUUCUGGUGAGUAAGACAAACGAAAUUAAAGGUCCUCAAUUGUACAUUUCAGAAGAGAUCAAUGCAGAAUUUAUGGAGUCUGUGCUUUCAAGAGUGGGCUUACAUGCUGUGGUUUACUUAAAAACCCUACCUACUAAGGAUUCAAAUGGGAAAGAAACUGAAAUCUCAUUUCGCCUUGAUGGAACCGACAGGAUUAAGAGGGCAAUUAUGCAGGGUUCCGUGAUAAGCAGCCUUGAUAAUGGCAUGUUUCACAUAAGGACUCAUUCAGCUGAUGACCCAGUUCCUGUUUUGAAGUAUAUUAUGCAACCUCGAUUAAUCCCAUUACCAUUAAGGGUUCGACUGGUUAAGUGUCACACUGGAACUUUGCUCUCUGUAAUGAUUCAAUAUGUGGGUAAUCCAGAGUUAACUGUCCCAUUAAGAGAUGUGGUUUUUACACUGAGACUACCAGUUGAUCCUGCUUUAUUGAAGGUUUCUCCUAAAGCUUUGUUGAAUAGAUCAGAGAGAGAACUAAGAUGGAAUGUUUCAGAGGUCUCAAUAAAGGGUCCUCCAGGUCGGUUAAGAGCUCAGAUGCCGGUUGACCAAGACGCGAAUAAGGGAGAAGAGGCCGAGGUUAUGGCGAGGGUUAAGUUUUCGGUUGAGGGGAGCACACUCUCGGGGGUUUCUCUUAAACAAAUUUCAGAAGGGAAAGUGGAGUUCAGUGAGGGAAACCACAGGUUCGGGAGUGGAUUUUAUCUGUGUGCUUGAUACUUGCAGUGGAAAUCAAUCUCUCUCUCUCUCGGGGUUUCUCUUAAACAAAUUUCGGAGGGGAACAUGGAGUUCAGUGAGGGAAUAUUUUUCAAAAAAAAAGUGGAGUUCAGUGAGGGAAACCACAGGUUCGCCAGUGGGUUUUAUUGGUGUGCUUCAUACUUGCAGUGAAAAUCUCUCUCCUCUCUCUCACACACACACACAAACACACGCACAUUUUCUCUUUACUUUUUUGGUGGCUUUUCUUAUUUCUUUGUCCAAGAUAUUUUUUAUUGCAGCACAUGUAAUAUUUGUUGAAUUGAAGUUGUUAGAGCUUGUUGAUUUUUGUUCCUGUAUUGAGGCUAAUAUAACUUGAUCGUAUUUUUUUGUCAGUCUGAUUUUCUGACGUGUGUAUUGAAUGAAUGUAAGUUUGCUUCUUUCA